CUGCCUGUGAUGAAACGCGCAGUGUGAUCGUCUCAGUCCGCUUUCGCGGUGAGCUGCAGAGAAGUAGUUCCGGUCGAUGCAGGAAGAAGGAGAGUUAAGGUCUGAAGUGCUGGGGCUCAGCUCAGGACAGGACAGGACAGGACAGGACGGGACGGGACAGUACAUAGGUGUGUGGGACAGCAACGCCCGUGGUGAUUUUACAUGACGGUGGUGAGGAUUUAGGAUGCGGUCGGUGAGAGAGGAGUGAUAAUCAAGCCCCCGCGAUAUAGCCACCAUGCCAGUGAUCCCAGAGUCCUAUAGCCACGUCCUGGCGGAGUGUGACUCCCUGGACCCGCUGCUCUCUGCUCUGCGGCUCGACUCCAGCAGGCUCAAGUGCACCUGUGUGGCGGUGUCUCGGAAGUGGCUGGCUCUGGGCAGUUCAGCAGGAGGGCUGCACCUCAUUCAGAAGGAGGGCUGGAAGCAGAGGCUCAUCCUCACACACAAGGAAGGCGCUGUCUCCAGGGUCGCCUGCUGUCCGCACGAUGAGGACUUUGUCGCUGUCGCCACGAGCCAGGGCGUGGUGGUGGUGUGGGAUCUGCAUCUGGAGAGCCGUGGGAAGCCGGAGCGUGUGUGCGUGUCCACGGAGCACCGGGACAGAGCCGUGACCGCGCUCUGCUGGGACUCCACCCAGCACCGCCUCUUCGUGGGUGAUGCUGUCGGCAGGGUGUCCACCCUCAGAGCCAGCUGCUCCAAGCAGGGGAAGGGGGCUUCGUUUGUCAUGUUCCCGGUGCAGACCGUCACCACUGUGGACUCGCGAGUGGUUCAGCUCAGCUACCUGGAGGGGAGACUGCUGGUGUCCUCGCUGACUCGCUGCUACCUCUGCGAUACUGACCGGGAGAAGUUCUGGCGGAUCGGGAACAAGGAGCGAGAUGGGGAGUACGGUGCCUGCUUCUUCCCAGCGGUCCGGAACGCUGGGAGCCCGCAGGCACUGAUCUACUGCGCCCGUCCCGGAUCCAGGAUGUGGGAAGUGAACUUCGAGGGGGAGGUCCUGAGCACCCACCAGUUUAAACAGCUGCUGGCCUCUCCGCCCCUGCCCCUCAUCACACACAGGUCUGAGCCUCUGUAUGGAACCUCACCCUGCUUUCCUCAGUCAAUCUCCUUCCCCAGACUGCUCUUUCUCAGUGAUCAGUAUGUCCUGACCUGGACGGAGAGAGGAAUCUAUAUCUUCUUGCCUCAGAGUGUUCAAGUCCUGCUGUGGAGCGAAAUCAAAGACGUGCAGGACAUCUCAGUGUACCGGAACGAGCUGUUCUGUCUGCACGGUGACGGGCGCCUCUCUCACCUGUCGCUGCUGCCUGUGGAGCGCUGCGUGGAGCGUCUCCUUCGCAGGGAGUCCUGGGGCCUGGCCGCCACUGUCUGCUGCCUGUUCCAGCACGCCGUGUCCCCCAGCAGGGCUCGUAAGUCCCUCCCGAUUGACCGACUCGAGCACCUUAAAGGUCAGCUGGACAGCUCCACCCAGCACGAGCUGAUUGGUCAGCUGGAGGAAGUGAUCUCAAAGCUGGAGCCCUUUGACUCCGCCUCCAGCAGUAGGAGAAGCAGCAUUUCCUCCCAUGAGAGUUUCAACGUGCUGGACUGUGGGAUUUACCGGGUGAUCAGCAGGAGGGGCAGCCAGUCGGAUGAAGACGCCAGCUCCCUUGUCAGCCAGACGCUGUCGGAAGACGAGAGGCUGAGGGAGUUCAGCUCUGCCCAGGAGGAGGAGCCAGCAGAGCAUGACACCCUGCCCCCCAUCAACGAGCGCGUGGAAUCUGAUCGGACCGACUUCCUCCUCCAGUUCCACAUCCCCCUGUCAUUCCGCCCCACUCCUCCGCGCGUCGCCCUGCAGGCUGUCAAAGACAGCGUGUCCAGCUUUGUGAGGAAGACCACAGAGAAGAUCAACACCCUCCAGAUGCCCUCUGACCUGUGGCCCAAACCGGACGGGAAAGAGGAGGGGCAGCCGCGUGAGGCCGUGGUAACCGUGGUAACCUACCCACAGGAGCAGGAGCAGGAGGUUUGUACAGAUGAACCCCCUGCUGAGAAGGAUGAGCUGCGGGGCCUGAAGGAGGCGACAGCGCGGGCAGUGGCCCAGCUCCAGGACCCCCUAGUCUUGCUGAACACAGACAGCCUCCUGGAAGUCCUGAGGACUUGGCUUCCAGCACUGGAGAGAGCCUGGGGUCUGCCGGAGGACCGCGCAGAGAGCGGAGGGGAUGUACAGAGUCCUGUCCGACACUGGGGGGAUACCAUGGAGCCAGCGUGUGGCCCCCAGAAGAAUGCUGUGCGAGGGGGGGACAGCACUGCAGCAGCAGCAGAGGGGGCCACAGGGCUCUCAGAUGGGCCAGAGGACAGCAGGGACCCUGGAGACCAGAUUGAAGAGGCAGGGUGCCCUAACCAUGGGGGUGACACGGAUCACCCUGCAGCUCUGCCGACCAGCCCCCAGGAGCAUAGCGGGGUGUCUGAAGAUUCAAGAACUGAUCCGGGAGAGACCAUUCUGGAGGGGGAGGGCUUCAGAGACGGAACAGAGUGCACCCCAGCACCCCCGGUUCCAAUGCGAGUGACUCCCCCCUGCGAACUGCACCCAGAGCUUCACAGACACCUGACUGAACUGGCCACGCUCUGCUUGGAGCUGGGCUGCUUCCAUGGAGACGGGGCCACGCCCUGCCGCUUCCUGCACAGGUUCUUCUUCCUGCUCGAUCUGGAGCGGGCCCGGCGGAGCUGUCUGAUGCGAUACCGGGACUGUCCUGCUGUGUGGGGUGCUUACACUGCCGGGCUCAGGGAGCUGACACGGUCCAGUCCUGGGACAGUGGUUCUGGAAGAAGGGGACCUGCUGAAAUCCCUGCGGUACCUGAGAGCCCAAGAGCCGUGGAAUGCAGCCCUGCUUCUCGCACACCUGAGCAGGCUGUACGAGAGGCAUGGAGAGCUGGCUUUGAGAUCCUUUGGCCAGUUCUAUCCCACCAUCAUCCCUGCUGAUGUCAUGGCCCUGUCCAGGAGAAGCCCCGCCCACUUCCUGGCUUACUUGGACAACCUUGUGAAGUGGAAGCCUGCAGAGCAGAGGCUGUCUAUGAUUGGUUCUUUCCUUCAACCGGAAUCCCUGCGCCAGGAUUGGCUCGAGCUAGCGCUAUCCCAUGAUGCCCCACAGCUAGUGGACACCAUCAGCCCUGAAGGAAACCCCAGGUCCCGCUCUCACUUGUUCUCCUGGGGCUAUGGGCAGCUCCUCUCCCUCCUUCUUAAACUCCCAGGAGACCUGAAGUGCAAGGAGAAGAUGGCAGAGACCUGCAGAUCUCACGGGUUCUGGACUGGCUACCUCUACCUGUGCUGGCAGCUGGAGAGAAGGACAGAGGCCUUCUCGGUUAUCGUUAGCCUGGAUGACAUGGGUCUACUGGAGGGACCCAACGGUGUGAUGCCAGAGACCCUGGAGGAGUGGAAGUACCUCCUCCAGACCACGCAGAGCAAGGCUGACGAGCCCGCCUCCCCCUGCUCUACGCACGGCAACGGCCUGGCCAACGGCGGCUCUGAUUGGUCCAGCCACGUCAACCUGGAGAACAUGACGCUCCUAUUGGCCAGGACAGUGGGGCCGGACCGGGCGCUGGCUGUGCUGCAGGAGUGUGGGCUGAGCGUGGAGCUGUCCGAGAGGUCAGCGCUGGUGUGCGAGAUCCUGAGGAUUGCAGAGAAACGACAGAGGGCCCUGAUCCAGGCGAUGCUGGAGAAGUGUGAUCGCUUCCUCUGGUCUCAACAGGCAUAGCAAGACAAACGACCCGGGACUGUCCCAGACUGACGGGCGCUCUCCCCGCCACAGCUCGGCAUUUUAAUUUGGUGACUCUCGCCUUCAUGGUUUGAUAGCGCCUGAAAGAUGUCCGUACUCGACGUUGAAUAAUUUACCAGAGCCGCUACAAAUCAAGCUGAAAUCUGCUCUUCUCAUGGCUGUACUGUCUGGGAAGACAGAUGUUUUGCUCUUUCCUUACUGAAAGAAAAUGCAUUUCCGACAAAACGCUUCAGUCUUCCUCCUUAUUUAACAUGCACCAGCUGUAUUAUCUGGAGUAUUGUGUGUUUUAAGAUAACAAUGUGGGUUCAUUUAACUUUGACCCUGCGUACUGAGCCUUUAAACUGGCUUCUGGCAGCGGAACAGGAUCCUCGCUGCAGCUGCUGAGGAUCUGUUUCCCUGAAGGGGAGUCUGUGAUGACUGCAGCAAGGUGGGGAAGCAGUGUUAAUGACAGCUAUUGCACAGCACAUGCACCCUUACCAGGAGCGACUUUGAUUUUAUAUAAAUUAUUAACUACAGUAUCGCUUUUAUAGUAUUAGAAUGUGUUUUACAAACAGUAUUUAAGGAUGAUAUUUUGACUUUGGUAUUAACUGUCCAAUCUGCUUAUUUGUAGAGUGACAAGGAAAGGUUUAAGAAGGCUUGAAGGACACGGUUUACUGUGUGAUGAGAGAUUGUAUUACUAUUGUUGGGCACUGUAGACCUGUUUCAAGUUGACAGUAUGUUAAUAAGACUUUUUUGUUUUUUUAAAUACAUGUAUUAUUUAAAAAUAUAUUAAUAUAGAUCAAACUGCAGAGAGAUGGUUGCAUGAGGUGAAUUUAUUAUUUAUAUAUUUUUUUUUAAAUAACGGCUGUUAAUUAAAAAAACACUGGGUAAUGUUCAGAAGUAAGUUGCUGUUGAAUAAAUGAAUGAGACAUUUAAACACUAUGAAGAAUUAUUCGCUUUAUCGGAGGGUAUUGUCUAUGUUGCACAACUGCAUCUAGAACAACAACAUUUUAACUUCUUUCCAGUUUCAGUCAUACAGAUGUGCUGAACCCGUUUUUGUUUAAAUGGCCUGUCUCCCAGGUGCCUGCUUACGCCUGUGGUGCAGAUGGAAUGUAUAGUUAACAGGCUUGAUGGGAAUGGAUCAAACUGCUAUGCAAUAGGCAUCUUAUAUCCAUACCUGAAACUAUGCAUACUGAAUUUAAGAGAAAAACAAAUGUGUUAAAAAAAAAAUAAACAGAGAAAACAAUCAGAA